GAUGAAUAGUAAUCCACUACUUUUCUCUCUGGAAUGCAACCUCUCCCCCUCCCCGACAGGGAUCGCUUUCCUAACUUUCGCUGGCAUUUGAUAUUAACCAUGUGCGUUUCAGUCAUCUGUGAGUCACAGUGUCAACUGAAGUGAUUGAAUUUUUCAUUUAAAAAUCAAUAUUUGUAUUGGUCGUGACACUUCUUUUACAGAAAAUCAACACAGAAGGCACAGGGAAUAGACAAUCACAUUUGUAACACCAAAAUGGCCUUGGAAAACGUAAUGAAGCGGAUCAAGAGAGCUUUCACUAGCGUCUCUGUGAUCACAUACGUACUAGUGGUAAUUUUUGGUACAGGCUCGUGGAUAGCGGUGAACGGACUUUGGGUCGAGUUACCCAUCAUUGUCCAAGAAAUUCCUGAAAGCUGGUCUCUCCCAUCCUACCUGACUGUUAUAAUCCAAAUGGCAAACAUAGCGCCGUUGGCUUUUACCCUUGGAAACAAGUUCUUCCCUCGUGUGGUCCACGAGAUUCCCGUCAUUUAUGUCAGCUUGGGAAUUGGCGCAGCGUCCUGUGUUUUGUUGGCAUUUUUUUGGAAGGAAACGUCUUACAUCGCCGGAGCUGAACGAAGCACUACACUCUUAGCAUUGUGUUUCUUUCUUUCCAUGGUUGAUUGUACCUCGUCUGUUACGUUCCUACCAUACAUGGCAAUCUUUCGAGAGGUUUACAUGAGCCCAUAUUUCGGAGGUGAAGGACUGAGUGGUCUUUUGCCGAGCCUAGUGGCAUUAGGACAGGGCGUGGGAGGAGGCACCCAUACCUCUUGUACCACUGAGAGCCCUACACAGGCUCCUCUGAAUGCCACUAAUGGAACUUCAGCCAACAAUACCGACCCUGGUGGCAGGGGACCUGGUCCAAACUUCCCUGCAGAGGGGUUUUUCUGGUUCCUGGCUGGGAUGAUGUUAGCUUCUGGGUUGGCCUUUCUAGGGUUGAAUUACCUUCCUUUAGCAAAACGGCAGCAAGUGAAGAAGAACUAUGAUGAAAAUGGCCAAGAGGCUCAGAGUAAUGACCAAACCAUCGAACUUGUUGCAGAUGAUGAGCAAAAGGACAGCAGGCAAAAUUCCCAUGACAAUGAAGAUCAUGCAGUGGAAAGUUUGUCAACAAGUGGCACUGUGUUCCUCUUGGUGAUUUUAGCAUUAGUCAGUGGCCUGAGUAAUGGUGUGAUACCUGCCAUCCAGUCAUAUGCCUGUAUUCCUUACAGCUACUACAUCUAUCAUUUGACCCUCACCCUGUCCAACAUUGCCAAUCCAGUCACCUGUUUUGUGUUUCCAUUUAUCCGCACUACCUCAACAGUGAUCAUAGCAGUGCUGAGUUGUAUCUAUUUUGGAAUGUGUACGUACAUUCUCAUCGUGGCAUCACAGAGUCCAAAUGUGCUAUUACGAUGUGGAGAUUCUGGGGCUGCCUUGAUAGUGAGUACAUAAUAUAUUGUUUCAGUGUUAAGUUAGAUUUAUUCACUACAAUCAAACCUGCAUAAAGCAGCACCAUACUAAGUGGUCACCAUGUAUUAUGCAGUCAGUUUUCAAAGUUGCAAAAUUUUUUCCCCAUAAACACUGUAACUUUUACUUUUAUUAAGCAGUCACCUCUAUGGAAUGGUCAUGGUCACCCUUUCUGAGCCCCAACAGCCUGUUUGUAUUUUCCUCCAACUGUUUUAAACAGUCACAUAAAACUGAAUCUCUCAAAUAAAACUUAGAAUAAUCUUUCAAGUGAAAUUUGAGCCAUCUUUAUCUCCCAAAGUAAUGUAUAUUUGUUCAUUAAGUGGUCAAUUAUGGCAUAAAACUGUGGUUUAAUUAUUUUUUCUAUGGUAGCAAUCUUAGUGUGAAAUUUGUGUUUCUGGGGCACAUGUGGCAUUUUAAAAUCCAUUCUGUUUUCAAAUUAUUUUUGAUCGAAUAUUUGAGAAAAAGGACAGUGAAUAAGAGAUCCAAACCAACUUUUUGGCUUUGAAAUUAUGUUCCUGAACUGGCAAAUAUUCAGGCACAAAAUGUCUGUAUGUGUCUUGGUUGCCUAGUGACCUCUGAGUGCCUGGCUUUAAUGUCUUUUCUUUUUAUUAGUAAUACCAAUAUCUCCGACUUAAAUACUUUACACAAUGGCAAUUGGAGUUAAAAUCUUAUACACUAUGAUAAACUGUGCAUCACACAUUUAAAUUUGAUAGUGUAAAAGACUGAGCCUCAAUUGUUUCUUACUAUAGGGGAAAUAGUAUUUAAUUAACACAUUUAAAGGUUAUUAUGUCAAGGCUUACACUGAUUUAUUCAUUUUAUUUACACAUUUUGUUCUUUUUCUUUGGAAGGUUUUCAUCAGCGUUAGUGCUGUUGCUGUGGUAACAUAUGUCAAGGUUGCUAUUGGAGGAAUCAUGCGUGAGAAAGGUCGUAAGCACCUCUUGUGGUAUGGUGUUAGUGUUCAAGCUGGGUCUUGUGCUGGUGCUCUGGCAAUCUUUGCUCCCGUAAAUGUUUUCCAUUUCUUUAAGCAAGCAUGAGAUGUACUGAAUGAAAAUAGAUGCAUGUUUUCUCCAAGAAAUUAAUAUAUCGGACAUUAAAAGUAAAAGAUUUCUUUUCACCUAAAGCAAUCUUAUGACAAUUCUUCAAAUUUUUCCUUGUGUUUCUGUACACUUCACCAAUUUUUAGAGUUUAACAGGUUUUGGAUGCUUCUUUUUGUGUUGUUGUUGUUGUAGUUUUCUUUUCAAUGCAUUACAGCUAUUCGUAGGCCUCAAUGUCACAAAAAUUUUGGUUGUGAUGGGAUACACAGAAAAAAUUUAAAGUUUUGUGGUCUAAAUUGCUCAGUACUCAGGUAACAAGUUGUAACAUAUUAAUUUUUGAGUGUUAAAAUGUCCAAAGAGAAGAUGCCAUAAAAUUUUGUGUAACUUUGCUUAAAAUUUUAAUUCCUUUAUUUUGUUUCUUGCUUCUUUUUUAAACAACUGAAUGUUAAUUCCAGUGACCAGUUUAUGAUUUUAGGUAGCCUGAUGGUGACUGGAGCUUUGAGCCACAAUUAAUUUAGAGAAAACUAAGAUAAAUUUAAGUUAUUAGGUUAAAACGAAUCCACCUAAUUCUUGUCAUUAAUAAACCAAUUUCAAAAUUGUAUUCCUGUUAUGUAGAUGUUAAAUUCUAACCUAAUUAUAUUUAUAAGAAAGUUGUAAGUUUUAAGGAGCUCUUUCACUGCUUAUGGGGAAAGAUAAGUUGUUUGUCAGGUGAAUUGUUGCAUUCUUAUUGUUGUGAUCCUACUAAGGGUGAGAAAAAUUGAAGAGCAAUUUAAACAUUCCCAGUUUGGAUGGAUG